AUGUUGGCGGCGGGCCUGGAGCACUUCGUUCCAGAGUUCGGGAGCAUCUGGGCGGCUAUUCCGUGGGAGAUGUGCCGCGGCAGUUUCUGGGGCGUGGCCCUCUGCGCCCCGCUCAUGCCGGUGGCGCCCAAGCGACCCUCGGAGCCGCUGAAGCUGCUGGAGCGCGGGGGUGCGUCCGAGACAUAUGCCACCGACGAGAGCAUCGACCUCAGCUGCCGCUGGGCCUCAUGCACGAGCACUCUCGCGGCGGCGCUCAGGCAGGGCAACCCGAGGGACCCGACAUUCAAUUGCACCUUUGCGGCGUAUCUCAAGCGAUUUCUCAUAGCGCGCGAACGGCUUGGCAUCAAGGCAGCGCCUUAUCAGGUAAGGUACUCUAGCGCCAGCAUCGACGCCGCUCUGGAGCACCGCGCGCGACCGGAGAUCAAAGCACACGGGAGGUGGAAGGCCGACAUGAGCGUGCUCCGGCGCGACAGCAAGGCCAAGAACGUAGAGAGCGUCGACGAAUUGCGCGAGUCCAUGUCGACACACGCGAAGACGUGCGAAUGCCGUCUCGAGGACCUUUGGCGCGGCCGGAUAGAGCUCUCGGUCAUCGCGCCGCCCGUCGCCCCGAAGUCA